CCGAAACUGCACGGUCGCUGCCAGCUCAAGUCGUGGCAAAGUGCGAGCUAUGACAGCGACUGUUUCCGGCCUUCCACGAAUGUAGCUUUAAAAAAAUAUUAUUAUCAUAAUCGCAGUCCCUGGCCCGUCAUCUAUGAACUUCUAGUCGAAGUUCGUCUCGGCGGAGCAGCGUUUAAACCCUGGGGAGAACGCCACCAUGGGUCUGUGCAAGUGCCCUAGAAAGAAAGUGACCAACCAGUUUUGCUACGAACACCGCGUUAACGUGUGCGAGCAUUGCAUGGUGGCCCAGCACCCUACGUGCAUAGUCCAAAGCUACCUCCAGUGGUUGCAGGACAGCGAUUACGACCCAAUAUGCCAGAUCUGCCGCAAGGAGCUCUCCAACGGGACAUGCACACGUCUCCUAUGCUACCAUGUUUUCCACUGGGCCUGCUUGGACGAUUACUGCAAGCGGAUGCCCAAGACGACUGCACCAGCUGGCUAUGGCUGUCCAUCGUGCGGCUCGGCUGUCGUCCCAGCUAGCAACAUCGAGUCGCCCGUAGCAGACGCGCUGAAUGUGCUGCUCAGGGCUGCUUCCUGGGCCAAUGCCAGCCCUUCCGUACCGGAGAUCCCACAGCAGGCGCAGCCUCCGGGACCACAGGGCGACCACCGCCAGGCCAGCGCAAGCCCCGCAAUGUCGUUAUCCCAGUCAGCACCUCCACCAUGGCGCGCACAAGGCAUCGCACCCAGCACAGUACCACCCCAGCACACGAGUAUGGCUCCCGAAAACAGCGUCAACUACGGCACCACCGCCAACAGCAACAUGACAUCAUCACGGAAGAUAUUCACUGCAACUCAGGGCAACUUCGUCACGUCCGCCCCGGACUACGAUGAGGACAAGUACAAACGACGGUCCGGAUUCGAGCUUCUGUCACGGUGGAUCAAAUCACGGACAAUAAUGGCGGGCAGUCAUAGACGAGACCCGCACACGUUCCUGAAGCGCUGGGUCGUCCUGUCCAUCCUCAUUGUCCUCGGGCUGUUCACCGUCGUCUACUUCCUCUUGCACUGGGGCCGUGCGGCAGCAGAGUCGGAUCCGCUGCUAGAUCCCCGGCUCAAUCCGGACAUUAGGGUCAACGAUGAGCCUCGCGUCGUGGAGCCGCGCUGAAGGAAACAUAGCGGCGUAGGCCGUGCGCGAGUGUUUCUGUCGUCGCGGGAAAAUAAAAGAGCUUGGGGAUUUAGGCAGCAUCGGUCUGUGCAUUUCGGCCAGCCAGUGCCACCGUGAAAUGUAUAUACCGGGUCUUUGUAAGCCUAACUGGCGGUGCUUUUUGGGGGGUAGGGUAGUGGACAGUGCUUUCAGUGAGUGUGUGUGUGGUCAGCGGGUAAUAAAAUGCGAUAGACCGAGCACGUGGCCUUAGGUGUCGAUUCUGGACCACGUGAUGGGCGUGCUGGAUGACGACUUUUUCACUCCGGCACAGUUUAAGGUAGUGCUUCCAAAACUGCCGCUCCGUGGAUCGGCUCAAAUGCAACUAAUUUCGUUGAGACCCUCCUGCGCGCAAGCGCACAUACCUAUGUGAUUUUUGUCUUUGAGAAUCGCAGAACUCGCGCCUAAAUUUCAUCAUGGAGUUCAGAGUCCUGCUAAAUUAGUUAAAGAAGAAAAUGCGCUCAGUGAUGGCUCCUCGUAAUGAAUUAAAGUGUGAGUGUUUAUAUUUUUUCUAACAAUUUUAUGAUGAACAACAUUAGGAUGCCACCCUUGCUCUUCAUUAGAUAAUUCACUUGUUCACAACAGGUUCAGUGUUAGACUGCUUCAAAACUACCCUUGAUAAAUCUGUUGUGGCUUGAGGUGCAAUUGUGUUCGCACCCACUAAAGUACUGUAUAUAUAGUUAGCUAGCAAAUUGCAGAACACGAGUUCGACAACCAAUGCGAAUUUUUGUUCCGAUUUACACACGUUUAUGGCCAAACGCACACCUUGCCACCCCGCAGUAUGUAGUCUAGGCAACACACUCUUGUUAUUUCUUUUGUCGCCGACACCAAAUUAACGAGUUUCUUGUGCAAGCAUUUUGCUAGCGUGCAAAUUUGAGAGGGCGAGAAAGUAAUCUUAUAUGAGCACUUGGAACUCUCUUGAAAAAAGUUUACACCCUUUGGGGCUUAUUUUGUCCCAUGGCAAUAAUCGUCAUCUGCCUUGCUUGCAUUUCCUUUCUUGAAAAAUUCGGCGCUCGCUACUUUCCUGUCGAGAAUGCCGUGUCACGCUGAUAAUGGGCAUGCCCUUUGUUACCUGGAAGUACUGGGCUUGCAGUGUUAAAGAAAGUAAAAGCAAGCAAGACAGAUGACGAUUAUUGUUGUGGGGCAAGAUGCACCCCAAGGGGGGCAAACUUUAUUAAGAGUGAAGGGUUAGGCUUAAAAAGAAAAAAAAAAAUCAGUUAGGCAUGGCUCUUUAACCAGGAUGACCACAGAGGCCAAGGACUGCAAGAAAAAAAAAAAAUGCUAAUCCCAGAAGUACCCAGUAGCAAGCACUUACUUGCCAGCUCUUUCAUUUAGGUAGCUUUGUUGUAUAUUAAAGGGUUUGAGAAUAUCUGUUCCGAUAUAGUCCAGUAAAAUUUUUGACGUGUUGAAUCUCCUGAAACGUGCUAGUUAUAUUCUGUUUAGGGUCCUGCUCAACAGCAAGGGCUUCACGCUCACGCACACCCACACAGAAAAAGAUAAACUUGGCGCAUUUGCCUGCAGUUCACUGCUUGUUUUGUACCGUGUAUGCCGAAAGUGUGGUCUUUACAAGCCAUGUUUCUGUGUUCUAAUCAGUGAUGCUUCUUUUUUUGCCUGUGGAUUGAAAUAAAUGAUUUUUCGGCCAGCUUUCAGUGGUGGUCGUCUAA